CUAAAUGCUGCGAUGACCUCAGUGAACAAUUACUAUAAAACAGGCACUUCACUGAUUAAAAGGAAAUUUGGAUGACAGCUGUUGAAAUUCAGCCAAGUCCUACCUACUCUUUUUUCUGUGGUAUUAGUAUCUGUCUCACUUAUGCAACAAGUUCCCACCCACCCUUUCCUAGAACUGUGACUGCUCUCCCUGCCUGAUAUUAAUGAGAUUGCUGCAGAAGCAGCUCUUAUAUUUCUCCAGAAAGAAAGCCUUGCAUCAGAUACUAUAUCUGCAAACAUGAAGAUUGCCCUGCUGUUUUUGUUUGAAACUACAUUGCUAGUCAGUACAGAAUACUCUGCAAGUUCACAAGAACAACAUAACAAGGAAACAAAAGGGAAUGUAUUUUGUCCCAUUAAACUCAGACCCAGUGGUCGGUGCGGGGAUGGGGAGGAAUGCCCAUACCAGGUGACCUUGCCGCCUCUGACCAUAGAGCUACCCAAACAGUUUAAAAUGCUAGAGAAGACAAUGAAAGAGCUGCAGAAUCUUAAAGAAGCUGUGAACAAGCUGAAGAGCUCCUGUCUGGAGUGCAAGCAGCAAGCCGAUGAGAGCCUGCAAAAGGAGAGCAGUGAAGUGCCAGGCCAUGAAACACCAAGCACACAGGAAAAUGGGCAAAAGCAUGAUCCUAACAUCCAUGAGCUGCAAAACAAAAUGUACAAGAUGUCUACUAGCUUAAAAAAUGCAAGGAAUCAGAUCAUUACAUUGCAGGGUCGCAUGGAAGAGAUGAGCCUCCUGAACAUAAAACAUGUAGAGGCUAUGGUAGAUGGCAAGGUGAAAAAUCUAACUGGGGUUGUAAACAAAUUAAACAACAAGUGUUCCAGCCAGUGUGCGGCAGAGAUCCCAAAACCAUCUGCAAUAAUAGCACCACGAGAUUGCUCCGAUUAUUUCUUGUUGGGAGAGUUGAAGAACGGCCGCUACAAAGUCACACCUGACCCCAGAAAUGGCACCUUUGAAGUUUAUUGUGACAUGGAAUCCUACGGAGGAGGGUGGACUGUGCUGCAGCAUCGUCACAAUGGCAGUGUUAGCUUCAACCGAACCUGGAAAGAGUACAAGAAGGGCUUUGGGAGCAUCAACGGAGAGUUCUGGCUAGGGAAUGACAAGAUUCACCUGCUGACCAAAGCCAAAGAUAUGAUCCUCAGAAUUGAGCUGGAGGACUUUGAAGGUAUACGGGAGUAUGCUAAGUAUGAAGAGUUUUAUAUUUCAAAUGAGUAUCUCCAGUACCGCCUGUCUGUGAGUGGCUAUUCUGGUACGGCUGGAGAUGCCUUGCAUUUCAAUAAGCAUUACAACCACGAUCAAAAAUUGUUCACCACUCCAGACAAGGACAAUGACAUGUACCCUACAGGUAACUGUGGGGCCUACUACAGUUCAGGCUGGUGGUUUGAUGCUUGCAUGUCUGCAAAUCUCAAUGGAAUAUACUAUCACAAAAACUACAAGGGGGUUCGGAAUGGGAUCUUCUGGGGCACUUGGCACAGUCUGCCUGAUGAACACCCAUCUAGCUACCGACAAGCUUUCAAAACUGUGAAAAUGAUGAUCCGACCCAAAAACUAUGCCCCAUAGAAUCAAUCCACUCAACAGCUCAAAAUUUAGGGUGUACUAGAGCAACACAAAAUGCCUUUCUUAUAUACCCCUUUUUGAUACACAUUUAGUUCACCAGAGUUCAGAAACGUUGACUUUGUUGAGAAGCUAUUGUGAAAACAAAGAAUGUUUGUUAGGAAAAGAAAGUUGGAAAAGUUUUCGUUUAUCUGCAUUUAAUCUUGGAUUUCUCAAAUCUGCAACUUUUAAUUUAAUGGUUAUGACAGAAAGACUUCAAAAGAUAAAUAGACAAUAAUAAUAUUUUGUUAUUAACUUACAAUAUCUUAUUAACUUAAAGCAUUAGCAUGCUGAUGAAUGCAAAAUACUUUUUGUACUUACUAUUGGAAUGCCACAAUCUUUCAAAGAACAAAUACAAGCGAUGUACCGCCCAAAAGUACAUGCUUUUAUGCCUACUAGAUAUCUACAAUUAUUAUUAAGUUAUAAGAACUCAAUUAGGAUUAAAAUUAAGCAAUUACACAUAUGCUGGUUUAAUGUGAGGUGUAAAUUAAAUGAUCAGGUUUUUUUUUUUUUUUUUUUUAACCAGAAUCGGUUUUUUGAUGUAUUCCUAGUUAGCACGGGUCAGACACAUUCCAUAAAAAUAACAUUUAUAGCAAAACCAGCAAAUAGAAAACCAGCCUAAAGUUAUGCUAGGACACCAUGACUACACAUAUGAUAGCAAGGUUUACAGUGAUCAUUAAGAAAGUCAAAAAGAAUAGCCCAGGUUUGUGUAAUAUAUUUUUACAUUGGAAACAAAGCCUACAGUUGGAAGAAAAAUUGAAAGGACAGAAGAUAAGAAUUUUAAAGCAAAAUAGCACUGCUAUAUAACACAGCCCAAUACAUUCCUGUGUAUUACUAUAUUUCUACAAAAAGUUCCAUGUGUUUAAUUAUGUAUAUUAUAUGAUGCUAAUGUAAUUGAAUAAUAGAUUUUACUAAACAUUGUAUUACUUUUUUUGUGCAAUGUUACUUCUUCGCUUAAAUGAUGUUUUGAAAAUGGUGGGUUGAAAAAGAAAAAAGAGAUGUACAGUAUUUAUUUUAGGACUGGGCUAUAACAAAGUACUAAAUAUGAUGUGUUACUUGGGUUGAAAAGCUUUGGCAACAAACAGGAAAUCACUAUAGAUAAAAAUGCACUGUGUAUUCCCGAUAGGCUGGUAUUACAUAAGUAUGAUGCUGUGAUCCUUUUCAUGCAAAUAAAUAAACUAUUACAAGGAUACUCUGACUUUCGGGGGCAAUAAAGCAGUUUCAGCAAAACGUAUGUUGCCAUUAUUCUUUUCUUUUUUUAUUUUUAUUACAUUAUCUUUUAAUUUGCUACAAAAAUACCUGCACUAUAAUUAUAUUUAAUACAACAAUCUGUUUUUGAAGUAUGUCAUAACAGGUUAAUUGACCCCCAAAAUAAAACCUGGACAGAUACAAAUUUAUAAAUAUACUGUAGAACAAUAUUCAGCAAAGUUAUACUGGAUGCUAAAAAAAUUUUAAAAAUUAAAAAAAAAAAAUAGGAUACAUCUGCAUUUGCAAAGCUUUACCCGAGUAGAGUUGGGUAUACUGUACACAAGUAACAGUGAGGAAUAUUUUGGAUAGUGGAAAAAAUGCCGUGGAUGGUUAUAUUUUAUACAGACCUUUUAUACUACCUACAAAUAUUGCUGAUUGUUAUUUAAAAAAAAAAAAAAAAAAAAAGCUAACAAAGAACUAUUAUAACUCUUCUUUAA